AUGAACCCUGAGCGAGACGGGAACCGCCGAACAGCAAGGGCUCUGGCCCUCCACAAACAGUGUGGCAAGGACCAUGAGGUGGUCUACGUGGACGCAGCGGAAUAUACGUCAGGCUCCCGUAUGGCCCUGGCGGUAGCUGACAAUCGAGCAAAGCUUCUAACCUCCAGUUCAAUCAUGACCAAUUCCACCACAGAGGCAGAAGAGGCAGCCAUCGCGCUUGCUCUCAUCUCUUCAUCUGCCACCAAAAUUAUCACUGACUCCAAAUCCGCCAUUCUCAACUAUGCCAAUGGCUACAUAUCCCGCACCGCUGCGCGCUUACUACGCGUCUGGCAACCCCGGCGCCGCAUAACCCUAAUCUGGACGCCAGCACAUGCUGGCGUCCCCGGCAACGAGGGGGCUCACUCCUUCGCCCGAGGUCUCACAUUCCGGGCAGUGGGAGCCGAGCCCCCUGUACGGGCUGGGGAGUGCCUGCUCUCCUUCCGUGAUAUUCUCUCGUACUACCGGGACAAACGAAGCUACACCAAGAUCUCAGAGCGCAUUCGACGCAGCGCACCAGGGGAGUUCCAGUGUCAGGUGUUUUGCGGCGGCGCCCAGUGCAAGUACGAGGCGGGUGCUGAUUGGCCGGCACAGGAUUGCGCCAUUACUGGCCUCUACUCUCAUUGGAUCACCGACGAUAUCCUGGCGAUGGCGAGGCCAAACACGGAGGCCAUCUUGCGCUACAACAUCAUACAACAGUUCAACGACCACGGCAUUCGGUCCGUCUUCAACCUGCAGCUGCCCGGGGAGCACGCCCACUGCGGCAAUCCGCUCGAGAGCGGAGGCUUCUCCUACGACCCGCAGGACUUCAUGGACAACGGAGUGUUCUUCUACAACUUCGGAUGGCGCGACUACGGCACCCCGAGCAGCCUGGCGCUGCUGGACAUGGUGAAGGUGAUGGCGUUCGCCCUCACCGAGGGCAAGGUGGCCGUCCACUGCCACGCGGGCCUGGGCAGGACGGGCGUCCUGGUGGCCAGCUACCUGGUGUUCGCCCUUCGUUGCCGGCCAAAUGACGCCGUGCGCUUCGUGCGACUCAAGCGCCGUGGCUCGGUGCAGACGCAGAGCCAGAUCGACUGCGUCCAGAAGUUCGCGCAGUUCGUGCUGCCGCUGCUCGUCGUCUACCCCAUCGUGCCUACCAAGGCUACAGAUUUCACCCUCAUUCAGUACCUAGCCAAACAGCGAAAAGUCAUGCAUGGUACGGAGGCGAGGCAUCUGAGGUACAUUCCAAAGAUCUUGUACGCCCUCUGCGAGAGGCUACUCAGGCUGAGUCAGUCCAAGGGUACGCUCAGCACGAGCAGCGUGAAGAGUUCAUCGAGUAGCAGCAUCAGCAGCCGGAGCAGUUCCAGCACGACGGCCGGUUCCACGUCCAGCAUGGCCAGCACGGCGCGGUGUCCCAGCUUCGAGCUGUCGGAGCUGGACCCCUUCUGGAACUACUUCCUCUCCUCCACCGUGAGCCACGACCGGUGGCGGCCCACGGCCCUGAGCGAGCGCGGCGACUCCGCGGCAACGAGCGGCUCCUCGGUGGCGACGACCGCCGAGGACAUCCUCACCCCGUCUCCCGACGAUGACGACGACGACGAGGAACCGUCGGACACGGACGCUGUCCUGGACUCCCUCCUGAUCGCCGGCCUCGCCGGUCUCUUCGCGUCGACGCCCAAUAGCCCGGAGUUCAGCAGCUACGAGGACGAAGAGUUCGAAGCCAGCGAGGUGGGCUGCAGCAGUCAGGACGACGAGACCCUGACCGAGAACGCCUGCUUCAAGGAGCUGUCGUCGCAGAAGGAGCUACGGGCACGACGAGAAGACGAAGCCGGGUGCUCGUCGGUGGCCCUGUCCCCAUCGGACGUAGCCUCGGCGCUGCUUCUGGAGCACAAGCUCCUGGGAGCCGCGUACUUGGCUCGGCUGCGGAAGUACCAGCGCGAGCUGAACACCAGGGGCACCGCGUGGGCCAAGGUGAGCGUCGAAGAGGACCCCGUGAUCCUGGCGGGCCUUCUCUGGUUCUGGCUGGACGAGCUGAAGGAGCCCGUGCUGAGCAAGCAGGAUUUGACGUCGGUCGUCGUUCGGCCGACGAACCCCGUCGCCGUUCUUCAGAAGCUGAACAAGGCGACCCGCUUCACGACCGAGUACCUCGUGAGAUUCGUGGCGCGGCUACAGCUGCCCACACCGGUGGAGAGGCGCAACGUGAUACGACGGCUGACCAGCGCGCUGUGCCACCAGACGCUGUCAAUCGACGGCAUCCAGCGUCCGGCCGUGGCCGGCUGGGCCAAGAUGCGCACCGGCACCGCUGCGCGGGCCACCGAGUUCAUGGAGGUGCUGCACGACGCCGUGAUCGCGGACCCGCCCUCCGUGAGCCACGCCACGCCCACGCAGAAGCAGAACGGGACUCUCACCAACGGUGCUUCCACUUCUGCGGACAAAAAAAACUUUCGCGGAAUCAACAUCAUGGCGUCGGCGAUCGCCAGGUAGCGGCGGACGCGACUGCACACUCCCGAUGCAUGGUCAGCUGAAACGGGCCAAGCUUUCUUGUCCGUGGAACGCUUUCGCGCGCCUCCGGUUCAAAGGUCGAAGCCUCCAGGAGCUGCCGCUCGAGGAUGGUGUAUUAAACGCAAGUGCCGAUGCUGCGACUGAACUCUCAUGCCGUUUAUUGAUGAUGAAGACUUCGAGCGAGCGGAUCCUUGUUGUGUGGAGGUUCACGGGGAGCUUCGUUGGCUGCGAGACCUUGCACGUGAACUACCGAGUAUCACUUAGCACGUGACGAUGUUACAAGUACCUUCAUUUUUGGUCUACCAGAUCCACGACUACAUGCGUUUGGGCCGUUCUUGUACAUUAGCGUUCGCAUUCCCACUGUUCCGAAAAGCCAAUGUUUUCUAUUUAAUAUUGUUGUUAAGCUUAUCCGUACUCAGGCUUCCGAAAAAAACGUGCCGCAGGAGACCUAGCAAAGUGAUAGAAAGUUUGAGGCACAUUACAGAAGGCAUUAUGGACGUUUUCACUAAGGUUGAUUCGUCACGCGAGUGGUACUGAUCGCGGCUAAAAGGUUCUUUUUUUUUACCGCGCUGUUAUUUUCAUGACUUGCUCUCACAUGUAAUCGCGGCUUUUGAUGACUUAUUUUAGUUGUACUACGCCUUGAAGAGAAGGCGACGUAUGGAGUCGCAUAUUUACAGAAGUGAGUGUCUGAUUAAUGGUAUACUUUCCGUUGCAAAUAUACCUUAAACCAUUU